UUUCAUCCCGAGAGGUCAGCGCUGACAUGCGGCUGUGAGCCGCUGCUGUCUUUGGGGGUUUUAUCGCCUCUGGUUUCAUUGAUGUCUGUCUUUCUUUGUGAAUGAGCGGCAGAGGAGGAAAGGGCACGGUGGAGCUGCGGGCUCUGCGAUAGGCUGCUGCUGGUUGACGUCACCUCCGCCGUGACGCGAUGAACUCAUUCAUAAAAAAAAAGAAAAGAAAACGAGAAGGAGCGCUGAGGAGAAACACAGAGAGGAAGGAGGAGAAAGAAAAGAAGUAGUGCUGUUAGGAUGCGCGCGUAAAGGACAGGCACGGAGGACAGAUCCGUGCGCCUUGGAGACCAACACACACGUUUAUUCAAAUAAAACAAAGCGAUGGAGGAGCUGGGAGAGAUGGACUGCACGGUGCUGAAGCGGCUCCUGAAGGACGACAGCGCCAAGUGUCUGGUGCUGGAUUGCCGCUCCUUCCUCGCCUUCAACGCCGGGCACAUUCGGGGCGCCGUCAACGCCCGCUGCAACACCAUCGUGCGGCGGCGGGCGAAGGGCUCCGCGCUCAGCCUGGACCAGAUUCUGGCCGGGGACGACGAGGUCCGGAGCCGCCUGCGCUCUGGGAUGUUCUCCGCCGUGGUUGUGUACGACGAGAGGACGCCGGACACAGAGGCAGUGAAGGAGGACAGCACCAUGAUGCUGGUGCUCAACGCGCUGUUCAGGGACUCGCAGGGAACGCGCACUUACCUGCUCAAAGGGGGAUAUGACAGGUUUUUCUCAGAGUAUCCGGAGUUUUGUAUGAGGACCAAAUCCUUACCGUCCCUCACCAGCCAGUCCAGCAUCGACUCCUCCUGUUCAUCAUGCGGAACGCCACACAAUGAUCAGGGUGGCCCAGUGGAGAUCCUCCCGUUCCUCUACCUCGGCAGCGCCCUCCAUGCCUCCAAGAAGGAGGUUUUGGACGCCAUCGGAAUCUCUGCCUUGCUGAAUGUGUCAGCCGACUGCCCCAACCACUUCGAGGGCGCCUACCAGUACAAGUGCAUCCCUGUGGAGGACAACCACAAAGAAGACAUCAGCUGCUGGUUCCUGGAGGCCAUUGAGUUCAUAGAUUCUAUUCGAGACUCUAGUGGACGAGUGCUGGUCCAUUGUCAAGCAGGUAUCUCCCGCUCCGCCACCAUCUGCCUCGCCUAUCUGAUGAAAAGGAAGCGUGUCCGUCUGGACGAAGCCUUCGAAUUCGUGCGCCGGCGCCGCAGCAUCAUCUCCCCAAACUUUAGCUUCAUGGGACAGCUGCUGCAGUUCGAGUCGCAGGUCCUCGCUACGUCAUGCGCCGCGGAAGCAGCCGCCACCGCUAGCCCGCUGCUCGGACCCAAGUCCACGGCGACCACCACCUCAGCGACGGCCACGCCCACCUCCCCUUUCAUUUUUAACUUCCCGGUUUCUGUGGUGAACCCUGCGUACCUGCACCACAACCCAAUCACGACCUCCCCAGGCUGCUGAUGGACCGCCACAACCCCCACUUCUGGACCCAACCUGAGGGCAGACUGGGCUGCCAUUGGCUGAAGGAGCUGUCAGUCUCACUGACCUCUGCAGUGUGUAGAUGCUUCCAAGUCCCCGAGAUGAAAAACGUCAUGGUGCCUAAUUAAAGACACAGUGAAAGGACUCUGUGAAGUUCAGAAACCAGCUGAUGCUCCUUUCCGAUUUCUUCCAGUUGACCAAAAAAAAAAAAGAAAAAAAAAAGUGCACUGGUUUUCAAAAUGUGUUUCCUAAACCAGGUUGAGUUGGAGUGCUGGACUGAUAAUGACUUUCUUCCACCUUGCACAGAGGGACUCCGACUCACAAAAACGGAUCCAGAGAGGCCUGCUCAGCAGCAGAACCCUCUUCUUCUCUAUCUCCCACACACAUUCACCACCACCAACUGAAUAAGCUCAGUAUGAAGACAGCCUGUUGCUAUGGAGAAGUGGUCUUUAGGAGAGGAGAUGGACACAGGAAGGAAGGAGGAAUUUUAAGCAUCCGCUCCUUUCUCUUUGGGUGUCCCUCCUGUUGGCAGACAAAAGAGGUGGAUAGAAAAAAAAAAAGGGGGAGGAGACAGUGACAGAAAGCAGGAGCCUCUUCAGUGACAGGUGCUCUGCCGGGGAUCCGACCGGAGCUUCCUGUCCUUCAUGCGUCCUCUUCCUCCCUCCGUCUCUCCCCCACCUUCCUCUCAUCUCCUUUUCAUCUCUUUAUAUCGCCUCCUCCUCAUCUUUGCCUCUCAUCUUCGUCCUGCCCUGUCCCUUCCACCCCUUCCUCCAGCCGGCUCCUCGUCGCCUCGGUGAGGAGUUUAAAUAAAUAAAAUGAGAUGACAAAUAAAAAGACCGGCCUCUUGUAAAUGGAGAGGGAAACCCCUUUGCAGGAGACAUUUUGGGAAAGCCCUUUUGCUACAUGACAUGAUAUUUUUUGUGAAAAACUGCUAGAUGAAGUUAUAAAAAGACAGUUUUUCUAACAUUUUAUUUACAGGAGUUUGGCCCAAAAAAAUAGGCAAAAACUUUGAGGAUGUCGUUUGUUUUUUCAUUUUUGUUAAAUAGAGGCCUUGUUUUUCAAAGACCACCUGGCAGAAUUUAAAGCACAUUAUCCCCCCAAAACAGCUUUUACGACCAAAUUUUGUAUUUAAAUUGUUUUAAAAGAAAAGACCUGGACACCAAUUCUUCUCAGUAAAGUUGUCUUCAUAAGAGUGUCGAAACAGACUGAAAACACUGACUCCUGUGAGGUGCCUUGGAAAAGUCUUUUUUUUUUUAGAUAACGGCAACAAUGUACAUGAGUGGCGGUGGUCCUUUCAGGUGUUUGUGCCUUGUUUGUGAGGGUAAAUCCAGGGGUUGAGCAUCCUCAGAUUUACCAGCAGUGUUGAUGUUUUUUUGCCCUCUAUCACCGCAAAUAAGCAUGGUCCAAAAAUUUAGAUUUUACAGACUUUCUCCACACUGUCGCAAGGGAAGCAAAUUUUCUAAAAUGCCAUCUGUCAUAAACUCAAACUCAAGUUUUUUUAAUGUAUUUAUUUAAAAAUCCAAUUUUAUGUUGAUAUGAAAACUUGAAAAAUGAUUUUCAGUAAAGGAAAAGGGCCACAAGUGUCCUGUGUUACCAUUUUCAUAUUCGAACUUCAAUUUUUUUGCCAUAUGAGUAAUACAGAAGACAUGCACGACACACACCUUAUACAAGCACAACUAGGGCAGAAACUUUAGAAUCAGAGUCAGAUUUACACAAAACCUUUCGAAUAACACACUCGGCUGCAGUUGUGGCUGCACUCUCUCUACGACCCGUACAAACAACCAUUUUCAAGGAGAACAAACCCUCUCUGUUUUUGAAGAUUGUCGGCACCUAUCUCUGUAGCACUUUGAAGUGAUGCAAUACUGUAUUUGUAAUUUAUGGCUGAUUUGCACAUCAUGGUGAUGAUGCCACUCUGACUUGACUUUGUGUGGAGAGAGGAGAGCGCAGAUGGGUGAAAAAUGCAAUACUUUGUACACACGUGUGUGCUUUUCCGUCUGCCUCUCUGUGUUCGUGCCCCUCGCCGUGUCUCUUGUCUGGUCAACGAUGUUCACCCAUCAAGGCAAUACCAGUCCUCCAAAACAGAAACGAUCCCUUCCUUUUUUUAAUUUCAUUUUGGAAUGAGUGAUCUGUGCAUUUAUUUAUUACUGAGAAUUCACUGUUAAAUAAACAAUGUUCUUAAGGAAGCUGCCUAGACUUUUAUUUUUAAUGACUGCAAACACACACACUCACACCACACCCACAAAGGCUUUCAUUAGGUAAAUGAAAUUACCAGCGUACACCUGCAUUGCAGAUUCUCAUUCAGUGGAGGUUGGAACGGAGAAAAGGAAACCACAAUGAGUGCAGCAGAUGAUGCAGGAAAUGCCAGGGUUCAGUAAAGGCCUCACACGUUUAACCACACAAGGUUUCUUUCAACAGCAUUUGUUUUUAUAUAGAAGCACCAGAAAUGAACACACACAGAAAAUGAGUGAACUCUCAGUAUUUCAUCAUUAGAUAAUUGGGUUUUUUCCUCCAUAGAAAUACAGAGAUCAUUUGGAUUUCUCUAUAUUUCUUACUUCGUAAACAGCAAGAGAUAUGCAAAAAUGAACUUAAACAAAAAAAAAAAAAAGAAAGAAAGAAAAAAAAUACAAAUAUAAAAAAGCAAAACCUGGCUUCAAUAGGAAUGUGGGUUACCAGCACCACCUGCUGGUCCAGAAAUGGAACAGUAGUUGUUUAUUUGAGUUCAAAUCCAGUGUUAAAAUUGGAUAAUAAUUUGGAUUGGAUAAUGAUGAUAAAAAACAAUCCACAUGUAACUGAAGCCAAAUCCUAAACAGACAUAUGUUUUACUUAUUUAUACAACACAACACAAUGGUAAACCAUCACAUUGUUCCAGAAAUCAGAUUUAUGUGCCACAGGUCAAGAAUCAAAGUGGAGUGCCUAAUGAUUAUGAUCAGUAAGUAUUAUUGCAAUAAUUAUAUUUAAUAAGAGUUUUUUUUUUUUUUUCAAAGUGUCCUUGUCACAGUUAUCCAGGUUACAGAUUAGUUUGACUCUGGUGGCCCAUGUAGCUUGAUGAAUAUUUUAAAUUUUCUCUAAGGUGUUGUAUUUUUGAUUUUUCCUCUU